ACAGGUGCUCGGGCUCCAAGAGUUUCGGAGGCGGAAACCUGCUGGUUCAGUAGCUGGAAGCCGCUCCUUAUAAAUGUGUCAAUUCAUAAGAGCCUUUCUGGAGGGUUGCCGAAGAAGAGAGGGAAUUGUUUUCCCAGUUGUGGAGGAGAAGGAAGAAUUAAACGUUUUGACAGGUGGGAGAUGAGUGUGGUCAGGACGCCUGGCUCGUGCGUAAAAAUGGAUCCUGCUGCGACGCGCUGAGGGACUGCUGGCACAGUUGUUGUGAGCGCUUCACCACUGAAGAAGAAAAGAAGAAGACACCAAACUAUCCUGUGGAUUUAUAUCUGAAUAUAUUAAAGAAGACAAUUUAUAUCCAACUUUUUAUAAAGGGUCCACAUCACCUGCUGUCGCACAGUAUCCAACCUCCAGUCAAAGAUGACAGAGAGAACCCCAUGGUGGAAGGCAUUCCUGACAAAGAAGAAGCCCACUGGCCCCAAGGAUGCCAGUGCGUCCCACACCUUCGGCCCGGACUUUGACCCUUUUGCACAACGUCCGGAGAAGCAAAAAGAUGCCUCCACAGGUGCCUCCAAGACCUACGGCGACCAGUCCCAGCAGGACUCGAGCAAGAAAUCCAGCCUUGUCAGUGAUGACACCUACGACGACUCCCACCUGGAAUCCGUCUUCAACGAGCAGACGUGUCGCAGGAACAUGAAGGUGUCGCGCUCGGGGCGAUUCAAGGAGAAGAGGAAGGUGCGCUCCAGCCUUCCCAUACAAGAGAAAGAGACACAAGAGCAUGUGGCUCCAGGGAGAGAGGAUAAACGGUGAUGAGGAGGAAAAUGAGAGAGAGAGAGACUCCUUUGCGAAGAUGCUCGAGGAGCAGAAGAGGGAUCUGAGAACGUGAAGAUGCUUGAGGCAUUCCAAACUGUUUGCUGUAUGUUGUUGAUGAUGGAGAAGAUGAGGGGCAUUCAGCUUUUAAACCAAUACUGCAGGAUUUAGGUUAUGUUGUUAGAGAAAUAAUGAAAAUCUAUUGAAGGACUUGUGCCAGAGAGACACAGAAGCAAUAAGACAUGACAUGAUUGUAUUUGUUAUGAUGGUCAUUGAAUCAUUUUGCCAACAAUAUCCCAUACAUCCCCGAAAUGAAGAGAUACAGUAGUCAUGCAGUGAGCACUUAACGUCCCGCAGUGUCUUUUUUUAUCACGGACACUGUCGUCAUUACAGGGCGACUCAUAACACUACCUACAACAGGCACAAUCAUCCAACGUAAUUUACUAAUGAAGUGUGAUAUGCUCCAAGAAAAUAUUGUUUUAUAAGAUGUUUACGUUAUUUGUGUGAUGAGAAUAAUAUAUAUUCGACAAUGAAGGAUUACUGUAAUGCUCCCUUUUUACUGUGCUUUUACAAAAACAUGAUGAUUCUAAAGGGUGUAGAAGGAUGUUUAUGAAGGUGUAAAAGGUAUUUUUUUUAUAAUGUGUGAAAACUAAUCAGCUAAUGGAAAAAAUUGAGAAAUGCUUGCGUGCAAAAUGCAUCAAAUAUUUUUUUAAAUGAAGGAUGAAAUCCAGCAUGUUUUUAUAAGAUAAUGGAUUCUAAAUAAUUGAAGUCAUGUUGUAUCCAACUGAAGGAGAAAAUGCCACGUAGCUAACGAAGUAUGAUCCAGUACCACUGUAUUUUGGAUCGCCUGCCAAAUA